CUCUCCAAAGAAAAGAACUAUUCUUUGUUUUUGUUAUUGUUGUGUUUAUUGAUCUUUGUUUGGAUUUCUAGUUUUAUAAACAUGAGUGAAGAGAAUGAGAAUGCUGUAGUUGAGAAACGUCGAGUUCCUAAGCUUAAUGAAAGGAUUCUCUCAUCCUUGUCUAGGAGAUCAGUUGCUGCUCAUCCUUGGCAUGAUCUAGAAAUUGGCCCAGGUGCUCCUGCAGUAUUUAAUGUUGUUGUGGAAAUUACCAAAGGAAGCAAAGUCAAGUAUGAGCUUGAUAAGAAAACAGGACUAAUAAAGGUUGAUAGGAUUUUAUACUCCUCUGUUGUUUAUCCUCACAAUUAUGGUUUUAUUCCUCGCACUCUUUGUGAAGACAAUGAUCCAAUGGAUGUCUUGGUUCUUAUGCAGGAACCAGUUCUGCCAGGUUGUUUUCUCCGAGCUAGAGCCAUUGGGCUAAUGCCCAUGAUUGAUCAGGGAGAAAAAGAUGAUAAAAUCAUAGCAGUAUGUGCUGAUGAUCCUGAGUUUCGUCACUACAAUAACCUGAGUGAACUCUCGCCUCAUCGCCUUGCUGAAAUACGGCGCUUCUUUGAAGACUAUAAGAAGAAUGAGAACAAAGAGGUUGCUGUAAAUGAGUUCUUGCCUGCAGAAACUGCUGUUAAUGCCAUACAGUACUCAAUGGAUCUUUAUGCUCAGUAUAUAUUGCAGACCUUGAGAAGAUAAAAGAGUGAUGUUCCUUCGCAUGCCAAAUAAUUUGGUUUCAUUUGCUCCCAGAUAUUCAACCCGGGAGAAAAGAAUUCAUUGUCCCUUUUGAUUAUAUUCAUGGUUGUGCAUUUAUUUGUUCAUCAACAGUUUGAUUGUCAUAAAGUGUGAUUUUCUUUUUCUGAAUGUGUUAC